AGCCUUAUGAAAUACUCGCAGUCCUCCUGACAGUGGCAUAGGCUUGCAGUGGUCCUUGGGAAGGCGCGAUGGCGCGCAAGGCGCCGGCCACGCCUCUUCCGACCCGGGAUUCUAGCUACGUUUACAAUGUCUGCCUAAACCCACUUGACUGCAACUUGGACUGCCUGCUCGACAACAAUAACCUCAGUGCGCAUUCGCUCAGCCACCGAGGGUGCGGCUACUGCUGGACGGGCGUCCGUGCCAACCUGGGCAUCUUUGCGCGAGGCAAGUUCUUCUUCCGCGUGACGGUGGGCGAGCCGCGGCCGGUGUGUGUGAACAACACCGCUGCCCUGUCCACUGCCUGGGGGCUGCGCGUGGGCGUGUCGCGCUUCCAGACAGCAGUGGAGCAGCUGGGAGAGGUGCCGUUCUCGUGGGCCUACUGCAGCACCGGCAGCCGGGCCUUCCUGCCCUCUCGCACAGCAGCAGGGGCAGCAGGGGCCGGCGGAGCAGCGCCGCCGGGGCCGGAAGGGGCGGCUGGCGGAGCCGCGGCGGAGGCAGACACCAACGGCAGGGGUGGCCAAGCGGGACCGUCCGCCGCAAACGGCGGCUCGUCCCAAGACGGCGGCCGGGGUGGGGGGACUGGCAAGGAUGGCGACAACGGGAACGGGGGCGGCGAGGGCGAGGCCGGGGGGCAGGUGCAGUACCCGGUGUUUGACAACAAUGCUGGGCCGCCACUCAGCCCGGGUGACACGGUGACGGUGUGUCUGGACACCGCGGACAAGGACGCGCCGGAGGGCUGCGGCUCGCUGUGGGCGGCCGUCAACGGCGGAGAGCUGCGCCGCAUGUUCCACCUGCCCCUGCCAGACCACCCCACCAAGUCGUACUUCCCGCACGUGCUGCUGAAGAACGUGGCGGUCACGGUGGACUUCAUGGGGCGGCCCCACUCCAUGCCUGCGCCCAUGCCGGCGCCGGGGCAGCCCGCGCCGCGGCCGCCCGCCGCGUCGCGCUCGCACCCGCUGCCGCAUGGGCUGCGCAAGAAGGGCUUCGUGUCUUGGCAGGAGGCUACGGCCAUCACCGCCGACUGCACGGCUACCAUGUCACCCGGCAAGCUGCCGGGGCCGGAGGCGUGCGAGGUGAUCAUCAUGUCAGGCCUGCCCGGCUCCGGCAAGACCACGUGGGCCGCCCGCCACGCGGCCGAGCACCCGCCCAAGCGCUUCUACGUGCUGGGCUCACAGCUGGUGCUGGAGCAGAUGAGGCUGCUGUGCCCUCGCACACACAAGUUCCACUACCCGGGCUCGCCAGAGGAGGUGUUUGCGCUGGUGGCGGACACUGUCAACGUGAUGCUGAUGCGGGCGCCGCAGGUGGCGAGGAACUACAUCAUCGACCGCACACAUGUGACUGCCGAGUCGCGCAUGCGCACGCUGGCGCCCUUCCUGGCCACCCAGCCGCCCUUCGGCGCCGUGUGCUGCGUGGCUCUGGUGCUGAAUGAGGCGCAGCUGGCGGCGCAGCAGAAGGCGGCGUUCGAGGCGGAGGGCAAGGUGGUGCCGGACGAGGUCAUGGCGGAGAUGCGGGCCGCCUUCGCGCUGCCCAACAUCCAGGAGGGCUUCUCGGACGUUCAGUUCCCGGCCCUGGGAGCCAUACGAGCCAUUGCCGCCGUGCACCGCUCCCGCCAGGAGGCCAUCGCCUGGAAAAAGUACUUCCAACCGGACAAGGAGCGCGCGGCGCGGCAGCAGCAGGAGGCGGGGCAGCCCGGGGAGGACGUGGGCAUGGACAUGGAGAAUGGCGAGGCGGCGCCGCCCCUGCCCGCCGAGCCGCAACCCCAGGGAGUCGCACCCGCCGCCACCGACGCCGCCGCAACAGCAGACGCAGACGGCGACGUCGCGGGCCCUACCAGCGCACAGCCGGCUGCAGCGGCUGCGGCGUCGGCCUCGGGUGGUGCUCCGCCGCUGCCGCCUCGCCGUCCCUCCAGAGACGGCGCAGCGCCCGCUGCCGCCGCGGCGCCCGCCAAGGCCGGGCGUACGUCGCGGGACGCCUCGCCCCAGCCGCCCCUGCCGCAGGAGUCACACGCCACGCUGCACCCACCGCCUGCCGCUGCAGAGGCGGCUUCAGCUGCAGGCACUGGUGCUGGCGCCGGUGCUGACGGCACGCCACCUCACUACCCGCUGCAGGGGCAGCUCAGCCCCGCAUACACCUAUGCACCCCAGCACCCCGACCAACAACAACAGCAGCAGCAGCAGCAGCACGAGCAGGGGCAGCACCAGCCGCACCAGCCCCAUCAGUCCCACCAGCAGCAACAUGGCGGCUUCGCGCCGCCACCUAAGCGCGUGAGCCAGGACGGCGUUCGCCACGGGCAACCGAUGAUGCCGACCUACACCAGCGGCGGCGGCGACAUAAUGCAAAUGCACCAACAACAAUACAUACAGCACCAGCAGAUGCAACAACAGCAACAGCAGCAGUUGCAGAUGCAGAUGCAGAUGCAACAACAGCAACAGCAGCAGAUGCAGCAGCCCUUCCAGGUACAGGGUGGCAUGGGCAUGGGCAUGCAGCCGCCCAUGCAGCAGCAGCCGCAACAGCAACAACAGCAAAUGCAGCAGCAGCCCUCCAUGCACAUGCAGGGACCUGGGAUGGGGUCCAUGCCUGGAGACAUGGGCAUGGGCAUGGGCAUGCAGGGGCCAGCCCCCGGUCAGGGCCCAGGCUUUUUCGGCACGGGCGGCCCUCCAGGCAGCAUGGGCAUGGGUAUGGGCAUGGGCAUGUCAGGGCCGCCACAGGGGCGGGCAUUGUCGGGGUUCAUGAUGGGUGGGCCGGGCGGUCCCAUGGGCCCCGGCCCGGGCAUGAUGGGUGGGCCGGGCGGUCCCAUGGGACCGCCGCCGGGCGCCAUGAUGGGUCCGGGCAUGAUGAUGAUGGGGCCAGGCGGGCCGAUGGGGCCAGGCGGGCCGAUGGGGCCGCAGAUGAUGAUGGGGCCGGGCGGGCCGAUGAUGAUGGGGGGCAUGGGGCCCGGCGGAAUGCCGGGUAUGGGUGCGAUGGGACAACAGGGUAUGGGCCCGGGACCUGGGUUCGGGAUGGGGCCACAAGGGUCCAUGGGGCCGGGCUUCGGCAUGGGCUAGCGGUUGCAGGAGUGGGGCUACAAGCCUGCCGGGUGCAAUCAUGCGGAUAAGGUUUUGCGGAGCCAAGGUGUGUUAGUGUGUGGGCGCUGAGAUGAGUUGGCUGUGGAUGUGUGAUGGGACAGGGUUUAGGCAGCUUGGCGAGGUCCCGUAGGGUGCAGCUGACGCCCAUACCCCAAGCAGACGGCAAACAGUUUGCAGCGGCAGAGCAGAAGUGCAUGGCUGGUCGCUGGCUGGCUGGAAGUUUGCUGAUGCGCAUUCCUCACGCUCACGAGUUGGCUGUGGAUGCAAAGGUGUGCGCCGGCAACGUUGGAUCCGCCUGUCCGCUGUGUUAUGCUGGCUUUCUCCGCUUUCCUU